AGGCAAGGGCGCACCCGUGGGCUGCCCGGGCCUAAUGGCGGGCCCGACCCGCGCCAUGCAGGAGGCCGCUGGAGCCCCGCCCAGCAGGGCAAGCAAGGAGGCACAACAAUUGGAGCCUGCGGCGUCUCCGGUUCCGCGUCAGCUGCAGCCUCAACAGCCAGAGCAGCAGCCGCUGGAGAGCCAGAGCAGCAGCCGGGACGUGCCGUUGUCGCCCGAGGCGCUGGAGUCGCGUGAGCGCAGGAUAGCAUUGGGCGUCUACCUGCUCAUCCUCGUCGCGUUUUUUUCCGUGCAGUUCGGGCAUGGCACCAACAUCGGAGUGGCCGUAUCCCUUCCUGUAGAAGAGGGGACAAGCAAGGCCACGAACCUUGCCCUGGGCUCCUUUGUCACGGUCGGCGUCUGCCUCGGCCUUCCCAUUACUCCGUGGGCCAGCAGGACCUUCGGUCCCUUCCGAUUAUGCUGCGUGUGCGUCGUGCUGGA